CAGUCCUGUGAGGUCACCCAGCAUAGAUAAAGGGCUCCAGAGAGGGUGCAGAAGCCAGGUUUGUCCUUUAGGUCCCCCAAGACCACAGGCAUGCGGCUGCUCAUCCCUGCCUUGCUGUUUCUUGAGGCCCUUGGGCUUGGUCUGGCUAAGACAACAACUGUUCGUUGGUGUGCCGUGUCAAAAUCUGAGGCACAAAAAUGUUCCGUGUGGCAGAACAUGAUGAAAAACGUGGGUGGCCAACCCCUCAGCUGUGUCAUGAGAUCUUCCACUAGUCAGUGCAUCAAGGCCAUUGUGACAAACAAAGCUGAUGCCAUGACUCUCGACGGUGGCUCGAUGUUCAAUGCAGGAAUGCCCCCCUACAAACUGCGACCUAUGGCAUCUGAAGUCUAUGGGACCAAAGAGCAACCCCGGACUCACUAUUACGCCGUGGCUGUCGCAAAGAAAAACAGUAACUUUCAUCUGAACCAACUGAAAGGCUUGAAGUCCUGCCACACGGGCAUUGGCAGGAGUGCUGGGUGGAACAUCCCGAUAGGGACACUUCGCCCGUUCCUGAGUUGGGAUGGGCCCCCUGCAUCCCUUGAGGAAGCGGUGUCCAAGUUCUUCUCAGAGAGCUGUGUCCCAGGUGCCAACAAGGACAGCUUCCCCAACCUGUGUAGCUUGUGUAAGGGGACAGGAGCAAACCACUGUGCCUCUUCCUCCGAGGAACCGUAUUCUGGCUACGCAGGUGCCUUCAGGUGCCUGAGAGACAAUGCUGGAGAUGUGGCUUUUGUCAGAGGAAGCACAAUAUUUGAGGAGCUACCAGACAAAGCAGAAAGGGACCAGUACAAGCUGCUCUGCCCAGACAACACCUGGAAGUCAGUGGAGGAGUACAAGGAAUGCCACCUGGCUCAGGUCCCUUCACACGCUGUUGUGGGCCGAAGUAAGAAUGGCAAGGAAGAUGCCAUCUGGAAGCUUCUCAGCCAGUCACAGGAAAACUUUGGAAAAGACAGCACAUCAGAAUUCCAGCUCUUUGCCUCCCCUGUGGGGCAGAAGGAUUUGCUGUUCAAGGACGCUGCCAUCCGACUUGUGAGGGUCCCCCCCAAAGUAGAUGUUGGGCUCUACCUGACCUAUAAAUACACGACAUCCAUCCGGAGCCUGAGUCAAAAGCAGCAGGAUGUGAUAGCCACGCGUGCUCGGGUCACGUGGUGUGCAGUUGGCAGUGAGGAGAAGAGCAAGUGUGACCAGUGGAGCAGCGCCAGCAACGGCAGGAUUACCUGUGCGUCCUUCCCCACUACGGAAGACUGCCUUCUCUCAAUCCUGAAGGGGGACGCUGAUGCCAUGAGUCUGGAUGGAGGGUACAUCUACAUUGCGGGCAAGUGCGGUUUAGUCCCUGUCCUGGCGGAGAACCAGAAAUCCUCUGAAAGCAAAGGCUCUGGUUGUGUGGACAGACCAGCCGAAGGGUACCUUGCCGUAGCGGCAGUUAGAAAGGAAGAUGCUGGCUUCACCUGGAGUUCUCUGAGAGGCAAGAAGUCCUGCCACACUGCCGUGGGCAGGACCGCAGGCUGGAACAUUCCCAUCGGCCUGCUAGUCAACCAGACCAACUCCUGCAAAUUUGAUGAAUUCUUUAGCCAAAGUUGCGCCCCUGGAGCCGACCCCAAAUCCAAUCUCUGUGCCCUGUGUGUUGGUGACGAGAAGGGUGAGAAUAAGUGUGCUGCCAACAGCAAAGAGAGAUACCACGGCUACACCGGGGCUUUCAGGUGUCUGGCUGAGAAGGCAGGAAGUGUCGCAUUUUUGAAGGACUCCACUGUCUUGCAGAACACUGAUGGAAAGAACACUGAAGAGUGGGCUAGGAACUUAAAGCUGGAGGACUUUGAGCUGCUGUGCCUCGAUGACACCCGGAGACCUGUGACUGAGGCUAAGAACUGCCACCUGGCCAUUGCCCCAAACCAUGCUGUGGUAUCUCGGACAGACAAGGUGGAACUCCUUCAGGAGGUGUUGCUUAAGCAACAGGCUGAGUUUGGAAGAAGUGGGCAGAGGUGUCCAGAAGACUUCUGCAUGUUCCAGUCUGAAACCAAAAACCUUCUGUUCAAUGACAACACUGAGUGUCUGGCCCAUCUCAAUGGCAAGACAACUUUCGAGAAGUUUCUGGGAAAGGAGUAUGUCACAGCCACAGAGCGUCUGAAGCAGUGUUCAAGCUCCCCCAUCCUGGAAGCCUGUGCUUUCCUUACUCAGUGAAAACACCAAGCGAACAGCCAAGCCUUCCCAGCAAGCCUCAUCCAGGACCCAGGAUGUCCUGGGCCUUAUAACUCCCCGCUGUCACUUUAGGUAGAAAUAAAAUGAGAAAUAGUGCUGAUC